AUGUCUUCAGUCGAUCAGAGCCUAAAGCGAGCAGCCUCGCCUGAUACGGCGCAGGAAGCGCAGCCAAAUAAGCGACAGAAGCAACAAGACGACAGUCACUUUUCCGAUUCAGCGCAUGAAAAGGAGGAAGCUAUUGCUACUUCAGCAAGUGUAGUACCUGAAGAAGGAACUCAACAAGAUCCAGACACAGAUACAUCGACAGAAAAUGAAGGAGAUACGACCGAAGAAAUUCGAAAGACGAAUCUAAAGAGAGCUAAGGCCUCUUCGGAACGCAGAAAAUGGCAGAAGACCACGAACAAAUUCAGCACAUACGGCAACGACACCGGGUAUUUCUCAGACGAACUAAAGGACAAAGGCCACAAUUCCCGCCCUCACAUGUCUCCCGAUGAGCGCAAACGACUGAUGGAGGGCUUCGCCACUCCGGUAUGUACAUCUGAUUCACAGAGUCAUGAGAUAGAAGACCGUGGACCGCAAAUGAAGGUUGGCCUGGACUUUUUAAGCAAUUUUUCUGCAACUGUCGACAGUCCGAAAGACGCCGCCGCAUUUCUGGAUAUGGACUUGCAGUCACUCGAAAUCUCUCCAAAAUCCACACUGAGACUUAGACUGGAUCAGGUACAAAACAUCGCUUUCAUGGUGAAGAAGGCUGAAGGGAUCCUGAAAGGUUGCGUGAAUGCAAACGACUAUGGCACAGGAAAGACAGUCGAGGCUCUUGCUUCCAUCUUUUUCCUGGCCCAGAGGAAAGAAGCUCUACCUGACUUCAAUGCGCACAAAGUAAUCUUCAUUCUCUGUCGUCAUCAAGCUCUUCGAGGCUGGAAGGAGGUUUACGAAAAAUACUUCUCCGGUCUUUUGAAUCUGUAUAUCUGCAGUGAAUCAUUGGAACCGGGCGAAAGUAGCCAGAUGAUCGAUCCUCCGUCGCCAUCAGCACUUGCUGAGUUCUUGGGUGCUUUGUCGCCCUCCGACCCUCAAACGAGUCGUACCGUCAUCCUUUCUACAUAUGGUGAGCUCUCAAACAGGAGGUUCUUGGUUAAGCGGAAAGAUAAAGAUGCCCGCGAGAAAGAAUUAUCGUUACGCGGUUCCAAGCUCACUGAGGAGGCGUCAGAAGCUUUCAAGGUGGCAAAAAAGCCCGAACUUUACGACCUCAACUUCGAUCCGGCCAUGAUUGGAACGCUCAUUGCUGAUGAAGCACAUGAAAUCAAGCAUCCCAAAUCUAACAAAGCCCAGGCUGCGUAUUUGUUGGACGCGGAAGUUCACUUUCUUCUCACGGCAAAUCCUGUGGACAACAAAGUAUCCGACUUCCGCGGUCUUUUAUUUGCGCUCUACCACUCCAAAACGUGGCAAAUCAAUUGGCCACAAGGCGCAGAGACUGCGGAGUUUCUGAGAAUGUUUGAUGAUGAUUUCGAUCCUUUCCAGGCCAGAGGCUCGGGAAACUUCGUCCCACCCAAUGUGUCACCCGAGUACGUGGAGGCCCUGAGAAGUGGCCAGCACUUGUGGCGCCUCAACCCACACGCGUAUAGGUGGUUGGGUCACCACAAGAAUUUUGGUCCGGAAUUCUCACGUAGAGUCCUGGGAUCAAUUCUCCGCCUGUGCCUUCUGCGUCGAGGCGUCGUCUCUGUCGCUCACUUACCCAGCAGUGGGUCUUCGACAAUAUCGGGAAUCUUUGCCUUACCGCCAGUUUCGAUCAGUACCAUCGAAGUAGGUAUGACACAAGAGCAGCAAGAUUACGAUAAGUUGGCCGGGGUAGGGUUCGACAAUAUCUUUCGGGCCGGUAAGGACGAUUCAGCAGCUUGCGCAGCUCGUGUCAUCAACGACAACGAAACACCAGUAGCUGCAUUCAACAAUUCUUGGGACACUUUCUUGAGCCAAAUCACAGCCGACUUCGGUCUAGCCGACGUUCUAAAGAACCCAUCUUUUGACAUGCCAGCAUCUCGUAAGGUUAUACCAGAUAUUGAUGUUCUGAAACAGACCAAUACGGAUUCUGGCAUGAGCUUCUACUACAGUAUGACAAGGCGCGACAACGAUCCCGUUCACGCCCCUGCCGAUAGAGCCUCCAUGAUCAGACAUAUCGUUCGCCGUUCCCCCAAGUUGCGAUGGUUGCUUGUCAAGCUGGAAGAGCUGAAGCAGAAGGGGGAAAAGGUUAUCAUCUAUUGCGUCCAUCCCUUGACACAAUGGAUCAUUGAAGGAGUGUGCGCCAUGGCCGAAUUCAAUUUCUUAUCUUUGAGGAGCAAGCCGAAGCAUGGGGAUGAAACCAGAUGUGCUAUCAUUGACGACUUCAACAACAAUGCAAAGCGAUAUGACUUCCUUUUGAGCACAAUGCGCGUUUUGGGGCACAGCGUCGAUCUUCAUGAAGACUGUCACAACAUGAUCAUUUUCGAGCUUCCUGACAGCAUCCCGACCAUGCUGAGUGCCAUCGGACGCAUACGCCGCGUCGGCCAGACAAAACCACAGGUAGUCUCCAUUUUGUCGAUGGAGAGCUCGUACGAUAACUAUACGCAGUAUCGACAGUCUCGGAAAUACGCUGUCUCACUCCUGGCUUUCGGUGUGCUGGGUGACCGGUUGGAUAUCUUGGCGUCGCGCGUGGAAGCUCAGAUCGACCGCAACAUGUCCGAAUUCCGGCGUCAGCACAGGAUGUCCAAGCGAGAACUAUCAAAGCUUCUGGAGACGCUCAGACGGGACAUGCCAAAACUGGACGUGGUAAAAUUACUUGGCGCCGGUGAAUUGAUCAGACAGCUACUAGGUGCACAGUACAACAUGAGUUAUAUCCCCUGGGCUUGUCGCCACAAAAUUCUCUACGAACAUUACAGAAUGAAGCUUUCAGACUUUGCAGGGCCGAAGAUGAACUUCAACACCUCAAAUGGGAAGCAAAUUCUUCGCCUAGCAGCCCAGCUUCCAGAAAGUGGGCCGGCCCUCGCAAGCGUGGGUAGCUUACCCACACUCUUGGGAGACUACGAGAUGAGGCUACUGCGAGCAGCACUAUCGCGGAGUGGUCGAGGCGCUACUAGAGGUUAG